CAGAAAAACAAAAAACGAAAAAGGAUUUGGGACUAAACGGAACAAGGUGUAAACUUUGGGACGGAGAAAAGGGCCGAGGAAAAUGGCGGCGAGACAGAAAGCGGUGGCGACGCUGCCGAAUCUCAUCAGAAGCAUUAGAAAAGAUCGCCGGAGACCUGGUCUCAGCCAGCCUCUACCGUCAUUGAGACGCGCGUUUUCACUAUACGAUCAGAUCAAUCUCAUCGAUAAUGUUCCUGAAGAUCAGCUUCGCUUUCAACGGUAUACUGAGACGGGUUUCACUGUGAACGGACUUGAUUAUGAGGGGAGCUUGCUAUGCGUUGGGAAUUUGUUGAUGUCUUGGAGUCCUAAGAAAUUUUCGGAGAUUACGCCUGAGAGCUUAUCUAUCUUCCAAAUUAUGCGGCCUAUUCCAGAAAUUCUAGUGCUUGGCUGUGGGAGAUAUAUUGAACCAGUUAAUCCUGAAUUGAGGCAGUUCAUUCGUUCCACUGGCAUGAAGUUGGAAGCCGUAGACUCGAGAAAUGCGGCAUCAACAUAUAACAUCUUAAAUGAGGAAGGUAGAAUUGUAGCUGCAGCUCUUCUGCCUUAUGGAGUUUCUUCAUGAAUCCCAGAGGCAGAUGAAGACAUUCUUUAUAUGGAUGCUUCUCAAUUGCAGAGUUCUUCUCGGCCUCAAGUAUUCCCAAAGUCAUUUGUAGCAUGACUGGCAAGUAAUACUCUCUUUUUUUCUGUAUGUACUGUGAUUAUCAAAACCUGCCAUUCAUUUUUUUUUUUCAGCAAUAAGCAUUUGGCGAUUUAUACACGGGCACGAAAAUUAAGUACAUAUUUCCUGAUUAUCUUA